CUGUUCUGCACACUCUUCACCCCACCCGCUGCUUUUUAUCGCCUCCUCCCGGCUGCUACCAAUAAAGCGCACUCCCCCUCCGCGCUGCCGAGAUUCACCAGCAUCUUGCAGACAUGGACGUGGUCAAUCAGUUGGUGGCAGGGGGGCAUUUUCGUAUAGUGAAGGAACCCUUGGGAUUUAUCAAAAUCCUAGAAUGGCUCUUCUCUAUCUUUGCCUUUGCAACAUGUGGAAGUUACACUGGGCAGUUCACGCUGAGCAUUGAAUGUAUCGCCAACAAAAGUGAAAGCAAGCCGAAUAUAGAAGUCAAGUUUGAAUACCCUUUUAAGCUGCACCAGGCGUAUUUUGAUGCCCCAACAUGCAAAGGUGGCUCCCCAAACAAGGUUUUCUUGGUAGGGGAUUAUUCCUCCUCUGCAGAGUUCUUUGUCACGGUGGCUGUUUUUGCCUUUCUGUACUCGCUAGGCGCUCUCAUCGUGUACAUUUUCAUGCAGAACAAAUACCGUGAGAACAACAAAGGCCCCAUGAUUGACUGCAUAGUGACCGCAGUGUUCGCCUUCCUGUGGUUGGUCAGUUCCAGUGCAUGGGCCAAAGGCCUGUCUGACAUUAAACUCGCCACUGAUCCAGAGUUAGUGAUCAAGGAUCAACUCACACAAUGUGAAAAGGAUGAGUACAUGAAGUGCAAGGAACUGAGGGAUCCUGUGGUGUCUGGGCUUAAUACGUCUGUUGCCUUUGGUUUCCUGAAUCUCAUCAUCUGGUUGGGAAACGUCUGGUUUGUGUUUAAAGAGACUGGGUGGAGCACUCCCUUCGUGAAGUACCCACCACCAGCCCAGGAGAAACAGCCAGCUCCUGAAACCUACAACCAGCCCCAAGGAUAUGUUCAGCAGGAUAGCUAUGCACAGCAAGGAGGCUACCAGCCUGACUAUUAUGGGCAGCAGCCAGACUACACUCAGCAGCCGUACAGCCAGGGCACCUACAAUCAGCCAGGUGUGCCCACCUCCUUCUCCAACCAGAUGUGAGAUGGCUGAUGUGACACAGCCGUUCCGUGAGCUCCUGCUUCAGGUUGUUCCGUUCUGAUGUGCAGUGCUGCAGCCCAGCUGCCCGAGUGAAUAUAAAUGGGAGAAUGUUGUGUCCGUGAUGUUUAUAUAAUAUAUAAUAUAAUAUAUAUUUAAUGAUAUAUAUAUGUACCAAAACACAGGAAACCCCAUCUCAUUCUACCAGAGACUGUCUUCCUGCAGAGAAUUGCUGUAAUCCCUUCCAUGCCAGAGCCCUGAAGAACAUAGCUGUGUAACCCCUUCCCUGCCAAAGCUCUGCAGAGCAUUGCUGUGUUACCCCUUACCUGCCAGAGCUUUACAGAGCAUCGCUGUAACCCCUUCCAAAGCCCUGCAGAACAAUUAUUGUGUAACCCCUUCCCUGCCAGAGCUCUGCAGAGUAUUUCUGUGUAACCCCUUACCUGCCAGGGUGUAGCCGUGUGUAACCCCUUCUUUGCCAGAAAGUGCAUUAAAAUGCGUCCCUGUCAUUAGUAAGCACAGUAUGGUAAAUUAAGAGAGUAUUUUAUAGGACUAGCUACUAGUGUCUCUGACAUUGAAGGGGUUUUUGGGGAAAUGAUUGUUUAUACACUGUUUUUAAGCUUUCCUGGUUAGUUCUAUUUCUUCUGUAGCAAUCAGUGGUGUCUGCACCUUGCAACGCAUUUUAGGCCCCUCACGCAACAAAGGAAACAAUGCAGAUUAUAUAUGUAGCUGAAUGCCAGUGUGCUCUGUGUAGUUAUGAUACAUUGUGCCGAUUAGGAAAGCAACAGAAUACAAGGAUGGGAACACUAAAGAUGCCCCUCCCUGUGCAUUAAAUACCCCACUUGUCCCAUUACUGACAACUGCUUCAACCCCCAAAUCACCCAUGCCUGGUACCCCUUGUGCUGUGUAUCGUGUUUGUGACACUGAUGUGCUGUAACCCUAACCGGAAAUAAAGACAGACUGGAA